GUGCGUCUGACGCGGCGCUGUUUAAAAUCGUUUAUUUGAAAUAUGAAACAGUUUUCGAUUAACUUCGAACAAAAGAUGUUCGACAUUUAGCUUCGGCUGCAAUCGUGUGCACCACAGUUUCAUCGAUUCAAGCAAAUUAUUCUCUGAUAAAACUAAAAGUCCAACUAUUUAGAUAUACAUUUUUUUUUCAGUUUUAAAAAGAAAUCGGUUUUUUCUAACGUAUUUUUUGAUUCCUCAAUUGAUCGCGUCUAGUGAAUCAUGAGAUCCUGCACAAGAUUCUAAUCGAAAACUCAUAUUUAGAAUAUUUGAGAAACAACGACCGAAAAAAAAGUGCUACUUAAUCGAAACGAUUACAUCCGGAAUUCAGACAUUUAUUUGUUAACGGAAUUUUCAAGUGAUUUUCCAUAAUCGUUGAGCUUCGAAGUGUUUUUGUUGAACAGAUCCUUCAUUUUACACGCCGCCCCUUCGAAAGCAAACAAACAUGAAUUCCAACCGUUUCAAUUGUGGCCACAUUUUUUAUGUGAUCCUCAUUCUAGCAACGAUAAUUAACGAUGCUUUGUUGCGUGUGAACGCUUGUGAAUUGGAUCAAACACAACACGGAUGUCGAAUUGAUAACGGAGCUUGCUCAUGUUCGUAUGGGUGCAAAUCCGAAUUCCGGUAUGCCAACCUCAAGGAAUGCAACGAUGCUCUAAAGGGCCGUUCGAAUAACGUAUGCGUUCGGGAACCAUGUCAACAUGGUGGCGUUUGCAUUCAAAUCUCACAAUCUCCUGGAUAUCGUUGCAGUUGCGUUGGAACAGGAUACCAUGGAGGUAGAUGCCACCAAAAAUGUCCAUCUCAACACGAUCCAUAUGCAAAAAGUGGAGCUCAAUUCCCACACGAAUGCAUUGUUAUUUGAUGGAGCAACACACAAUUUACUCGUACAGAUAUACGAUCACUUGGGCGCUCGUAGUUCUUAAGUCAUUGAGCAAACAACAAAUCAGAUAGAUAAUAUUGCCUCAAAACCCCCCUUCCCCCCAAAUCACAAACCAGAAAUAAUAAAAUGUAACUGUAUGCCAAAGAAAAGUUCAACUCUAUUCUGAUGGAGACUUAGCUAUCAUAGAUUAGUCGUAAGUGAUUCUAUUUUUUAUAUCAUUUUCCCACUCAUAUCGCCUCUAACACCCGAUUCCGAAAUUGAAUUGAAAUAAAAUAUGAUAAUAAGAGAAAAUAAAUCAUUGCAACUUAUUAUUUACGACUUAUCCUCUUGAUUUGGCCAACGACGGUCAAACCAAUUCAAACUAAUUUUUGAAAUAUUGUUGAAGUUUCCACAAAUAAAAGU